UAGCCUCUUCCUACGCCCAUGCACGCGCGCACGCACGUAUGGUCGAACAAUAUUAGGAGAGAAGCUCAGAGACCGGUUCCUGGCCUUCCAAAAAAGAAGUAGACAUAAGAUAGAUCUCUCCGCCUCUCCUCGCCCAACCUCCUCCAACAAGUAACAUUGACCGCAAACGGAUCAUCGUCCGGUGCGGUCAAUGUAAUUAACUAAGCUUCUCAAUCAUACAUAGCUUGGCAAAUGCCUGAGGGCUAGCUAGACAAGGUCCGUUGAGCUAGCCCCUUUGGGAAGAAGGGAGAGGAAUGGCGCUGGUGGCCCGUUGAGCGAGGAAGAGGCUAUUGAGAACCCGUUAACAAGAAUUGCCAGCAGCAUCUGGACAAUCUUGUUAACAGAGUUCCAAAGGUUCAAUUCCAAGCGGAUACAACAAUUGAUCCGAUCCGAUUAGCAAUUUCCGAGUUGGAUCGAGAAGAGUGCGUGCAUCCGUCCGUCCACGUUCGUGGUUCGUAUAAGCUAGGUUUCAUCAACCAUGGGCACAAAGAUGAAGAAGGGGAUCCUGAAGCCGUUCCGCUAUAUCUCGAACAUGAUGGACGGUAAGGAGCCUGAAAUGCAAAUUGGGCUCCCCACGGAUGUAAAACAUGUGGCGCACAUCGGUUGGGAUGGUCCUGGAUCCACCAACAGCGGCAGCAGCAACAACAAUAAUGCCGGAGGAGCUCCUAGCUGGAUGAAGGAUUACCACUCGGCGCCGCUCGACUCGUCCUCCUUUAGGAGCGAGAGUGGGGGCACGGCUGCUGCGAAUCCCUGGGCUUCUCAAGAGAUAGUCAUGGACGGAGCAAGCAUCGGAGAGACCUCCUUCAGGGACACGAAAAGCGAGGCGGGCGGGGGCGACGACUCCCCGCCGUCCCCCGCCACGCGCCGGACGAGACGACAGCACCGCUCUCGCGGCUCGGCCACCUCCUCCAUGGACGACACCACCGGCGGCGAGGGCGGCGCCGAGGAGAAGGAGAAGAGGAAGGAGAAGGGCAAGAAGGGCGCCCGCAAGAACCGCAAGAAGGACAAGCCGGCCGCGGCCGCCGCCGCCGACGACGCCUCGGCCACCUGCCAGGACCUCCCCGCCGUCCCCAAGAAGUCCAACCGCCGGAAGAACAAGGGCAGCUCCGAGGCCAACGGCGGCGCCGCGCCCAAGGACACCGCCACGGCCGCGCCGGAGGAGGGGGCGGCGGCGACGACCCCACCCGCCGUGGACGACGACUAGGGGGGAUACGCGGGUGAUGAUCCAAGAGGCUGCGGCCUCGUAUACCAACUUUCGGAGAUCAAACUAACAUGCCGAAAAGUAGUCUGAGCUCAAUUCGCGUAAGAUCAAGCGGCGGUCGAUCCAUGUAUACGUAUAUGAACUCAGAAAGGGCACAUGCAUGCAUUGGGGAGUGUCACGUACAUUAGCAUUCUCAGGAGUGGGUGUGCACGCACAAACGCCAUUCGUUUCUCUGUUUCUUUCUCUAAUACUGUUAUACUGAGCUGCAUUUUUUUCACCUGUUAUCUUGUUCAAGAUUUCAUAUAUAAUAUAAAGUAUACGUUGUGGGGGAUAUAUCUGUCCCUCGCGUAUAUAUGUAACUA